AUGUCCUACCCUAUCACUCCCGCAUUCAUCACGCGAACCGUCGGCUGGGAUCCGGCCCGCGCCCAUCCAGCCAUGCAAUGGAUGGAGAAAUGCACGCACGCCUGGGACACUCGGCAAAGCUGGUCGGAGUCGUACACCCAUUGGGUCACGGACGAUUUCACCUUCAUCAAGGCCAAUGGCGAGCGGGCUACGGGGGGCGAACCGGCCUGGGAGUGCAUGAAAGCUGAAUACGGCAUGUUUAAGGCCUCACACCAUGAGCCCCGCUGGGUGUGCGUGGUUGAGGUUGACGAUGGAAGGGACUUCGUUGGCGAGGGGACGCUGUUUAUUGAUUUGCCGGCGGAAGGAAAGGAGCCAAAAGCAGCUCGGGAUUUGGAUGGUCGGGCGUGGGAUUUAGGUGUUGAGAGCAUGUUUAGGUUUCAUUUCGUGAGGUAUCAAGGGGCAGUGAAUGAUGGGUUACGGAUCAAGAAGUUUCAGAUGUAUAAUGAUGGUGGACUGGUGUUGGCGGAGAUGAUGCGAAGGGGGAUUGUGACGACGUAG